AUGAAGAAAAUUAGCUUUAUUUUAUGUUUGUUAAGUUUUAUUUCAAAAGCAUUAAGCUUUUAGUUGAGUUCAGGAGAUGAAUAGUAAGUUCCAGUGUUUUAACCUGUACCUACUUUAACUAUUGAUACAACUUAGCUUUGUGAAGGAGGUUUAUCAUCAGCUGUUUUUCCAUUCUCUUAAAAUAAAAAAAAUUAUGUUGCUCUAAGUAUGUCUAUAUGUGGACUGUAUAUUUACGAUAUUACUGAUAUGGCUAAUCCGAAAAUAGCAUUUAAUAGUACUCUCUACCCCAAAGGUAAAACGCUAGGCAUAACAUACAGCAAUACAACACAAUAUUUGUGGAUUGCACAUUAAACAGGAUUAUUUUUUGGAAUAAAUACUGCAAUUUAACCAUUUAAUAUAACGAUAUAAGGGAUGUCUAAAGGAAAUUUACCAGUUAACAAAAUUAUUCCUUGGCCUGUAGACAACAAUGUACUCUUUUUGAUGUGCUACACCAUGUUUUAGAUUUUUGAUUUCAGGAACCCAUCGUAGGGUUUGGUGUAUCUGUAAGAAGUAAAUGUUAAUGGAUUAAACACAUAUCAAAUAGAAUUUAUAAGAUAGUACACGUUCGCUUUAGUCACUACUGCUAAUGUAGGCGUAUAGUAUUUUAUAAUUAACAACGGUUUAGAUAUUGAUAACAUAACUUUCACUUUAGCAUGCUAUCUCAAACCAACUUUCUUUGAUGUUAGCUAUUUCGAAUUAAUCGAUGAAAAUACAAUAGCAAUCAUGAUGCUUUAUAGAGGUAUUUUUCUAUUUAGUGCUAAGGCUUUUUUGGAUGGUGGAGGAUAAGUCUGCACUCCUACCAUCUUUCAACCUAUUGAUGCUACUCCAAACCAGGGAUUAGGAGGACAUAUGUACCUAACUCACGACAGAAGGUAUUUGUUUUCUUAGUUUAGGUCAGUUGGAGUUCGUUUAUAUGACAUGAAACAGAAGAGUUUUUAAAUUCUUUAAAAUAUUUUUGUGGAUUCAAAUUGCAAUGACAUUAUUUUAAACAGCUCAGAAGAUCUUCUCUUUUAUACAAAUUCCCUCACAUUAUAAAUAUUUUAGAGAACAGUACCAAACUUUAAUAGGGAUGUGCCAAAUUUACUUUUAAACACAUAUUAAUUAACCUAUUAUACCUUUUUUAAAGAGGAUCCCAUAAUUGGAAAUUUGGACUUUGAAUGCACUCUCAAAGAGAACAAGCAGGAAUUAUUUUUAGCCAGAGCUGAUUAUGGUGCAGCUGUUUUUAAAUAUUCAGGGCAAGGUAUUUUAGAGAGCUCUUCAUUUAUUUACAGGUAAUAAAAUCCUUAUUUUCCAGUAAGCAAAAUAGCUUUCCUUGCAGAUGAUAACACAGCUUAUCUAACAAGAGGAGGAUUAGGAAUUUCAAUAGUAAACUUCGCUGAUCCUACCUCUCCAGCUAUUUUAAAAGAAAAGAUAAAUUUACAUUCUCCUUACGUAAAUUUCAACUAUAUUUAGUUUUUCAAAAAUUUUUAAUUGGGCUUGGUAGUUAACUACAUAAAUGGCUACAUAAUAUCAAUAGCUGAUCCUAUGAACCCAUUUAUCAUUGGAGUUAUAGAUACUUUAAAAUAUACUUUUGGAGAUACUAGCUUUUAUAGAUUUGCAUUAACCAAAGAUGAAAAUCAUGUCUUCAUGAUUUUAUAUUCUUUUGGAGUUCUAACUGGAGAUAUCACUAACCCACUAAAACCCUAAAUUACCUCUUAACUAUUUACUGAUGGUUGCUAUGAUUUUAGAUUAACUUCAAACGAAAAGUACGGUAUAUUGGCUGCUGCCUAUUAAGGCAUUAUAAUAGUUUCGAUAUAGCCCGAUUAUUCUUUAACAUAGGUUUCUUAAGUGAAAAUUAUAGGUUCAUUAUUCAAUAUAAUUAUUAUUUAAAAUGAUUAGUAUGUACUUGCAACUACUGAUGAAUAUCCUUCUAUCAGUUUGGUUAGUAUAACUGACAUUUUAAAUCCUGUUGUUGUUUAAACUAUUGGAGACCCAAGCGCUUUUGGCUAUUAUAGUAUGUGUGUCACAAAAGACAAUUCUGAAGUGUUUAUAACAAGUAAUUUCUCUCUACUUCUACUUUAAAUUUAAAAUCAAAUUAUAUUGCAUACUUAAAUUUAUGUGCUUACUUAAUAAUAAAAUUCGAAUCAGUACACUAGAAAUGUAUUACCUAAAGGUCAAGCACUGCAAAUUGGUUAGCAUAUAGAAAUGCAUUUAGUUCCAAUUUAUCAAAGUUAAAAUAUUUUAGUUCGCUAGGCUUAGUAUUACUUUUAAAAUGUCCUUUAGUCUCUACCUUCAUGGAUGACAUUUUAACCUUCCGCCCAAAUACUGAGCCUUAGCAUCAGUAAGGAUUCACUUCAAAGAAACAAUAAAGGUGAAUAUGUGGAUACUAUUUAGUAAGUAGUAUUUACUACAUACUAAUCGAUAUUAGAUUCAGCUUUCGUUAAUAAUUAUCUUUAAAUAAAUACCACGGAUUCUUUUGCUAUUAAGAAAGCAUGCAUAGUUGUUGGAUAUGUAGAUGAGCUAGGUUUCGUACAACCCUCUUACACUCCUUCCUAGUAAAUUAGCUUUGGUGUCAAUGAAAAUGUUUACCUAGCAAAGUGGAUAGGACCUAAAUUAAGUCUUGUAAAGGAGUUCAUCUAGUAUAUUUUAAAUCAGAACAUUAUUAAUUACACAACUAGUUUUUAUAUUACUUAAUCGAUUUAAGUUGAUCUUUAAAAUAAGAGUCAAAUUAUAUUCUCUCUAUAAAAUGAUAUCACAAUUGAACUCUAAUCUCUAGAAAUUCUUAGCGAUGGUUCCACGAUACCAACAAAUAAAGCUAAGUUUGUAAAUAAAGUUUACUCAAGUGUACUAAUUCUUAUUUCUGCUGCAUAAGAUUAAUUAAAGUUAGAAGGCAGUCUCGAUAAUAUAAAUAGCAUUUUAAAAAAUGGAAUAAAAUAUUCAAUUGAUGAAAAACUUAUUAAGCCUGAAAACAUAUUAAUUUAAAUGACUGUUUCUGAUGGUGUCAAUUACAAUUAUGUAAACACGAUUCCUUACAAAAGUAUGACAUUCUUGUCUCUGUAAGCCCCAGUCAUUGUCUCAUAAGUUUUAAAUUUACAGAAAGAUUUAAAUUCUAAAUAUCCAUCAGGGGAAAUCUUCAUAGAAGAUAGCUUUUAAUAUCAAAUCAGCAGUGAAGUUUUUACUUCAUUGGAUUCAACUUCAUUAUAGUACACUGCUUAGAUAAAUUAGGGUAAUAAAUUUGUGGAUAUUCCUAAGGAUUCUUGGGUUUAGUUCUCUCCUACCGAUAGGGUCUUCACAGGAACCGCUCCUGCAUCUUAAUACAAUGAUCAUAUUACUAUUUAAGUGAACGCUACUGAUGGAUACUCUUUCAGCUUAGACUAAUUUGUAAUAGUACCAAAUAGGAUACCUUUCAAUUACGCUUUCUAAUUAGCGAUUUAAAUUUUUGGUCCUAUUUUUGGUGUUUUAGGAUUCUACAAAUAUAAACACUUUAUUUAUAAUAUCUCCUUUAAGAGAUAAUACGUUUAUUCAAAAGACGUCGCAUACGUAGGAGAAAUAUAUAAAAAGUAAAUAACAAUCACAGAUGAUGUAAGAGACUAAGCAGAAAGAUUAUGGUCUUUUUUCCAUAAAAAAAUUGGGGAUGGGGAGAUUUUGCAUUAGCUGUCUUUAGAGUUGAUGAGGCUAAAUUAAGUAACCAGCUAUGAUUAUUUUGGGCCUAGUAAGUAAAAGUAAGACGUAGAAGAUAAUUAGGAAUCUCAAGAAUAAAGCUUUGAGGAGGAAGUAAUCAUGAAAAUGUAUCCUUUUGGAAUUAAUGAUGAAGAUAUGAGCAUUGUAGAUAGAAAAUUCAAAAAGAUCAUAAUAGAAAGCUCAUCAAAACUUAAUGAACUGUUAAAAAGUGGAUAAAUUUAAACUAAUGAAAAAUAGCAAUUGAAUUAAUCGGCUAUAAAGAACGAUACGUAGACUGAUAAAAAACCAGAGAAGACAAACAAUGAUGAUACCUCUUCUUUAGCUAACAGAGCAGACCCAUUCUUAUAGACCAAAUCAAACAUUUUUAAGAAAAGAAAAUCAGCGUAUUUAAACAUAACGUCAAAAAAAGCAGCAGAAAACAUUAAGCACAAUUUAGGAGUUUAUGACAAAAUAUCAAGAUUAUAGUAUUUAGACAAUGAUAUAGGCAAAAAUAAAAAAAAUUACAAUAUAAAAAUUUUUGAAAAUGGAAAUAUUAAUUUUGUUUAAAUUUUGAAAUUUAUCAAACAACAAUAGGAGAAUUUGCAUGAGAAAUAAAGAGUUGUCAACAAAAAAUAACUUUAAUCUCUUUUGAAUCCAAACUCAAUAUUAUCGAGAGCUAUUUGUUGCUUUUUAAUUGACUUUUUAAUACAUUAGGACAAAGUUACUAAAAAUAUUUUUGAAUUUUUGCAAAAAAAGGCUUGUAGAUACUACUUGGAUAUAGAUUGGUACAAGGCUUAUGUAAAUAUCAACCCUUAAUUUGAGGAAAUCCACUCAAACCCUUAUCCUCAUGUCACAAUUAACGAAAAAACGUAUAGGGCUGCUCUGGUAGAAAUUUUUAGAUCUAUUUCUAGACACUUCUAUGAUCCUGUCACAAAAAAUCCUAAGAAGAUAAAGUUUUCUGAAUCUUUACUUUAAGAAGCUAUUAAAGCAAGAGCUAUUGGCUUUACUCUCAAAUCUCCUCCUCUUUUACAAGUUACACAAGGAGAAAGCCUCCAUACUUUUUCUCAUCUCAUUCACUCUGUGAAGGCUUUUGAAAGGAACUCUGAUAUCCCAUGUUGUUACAGCAUUCACAAAUUGCUCGACAUACAUUAUAUUGAAAAAGGUCUAACAGAUAAUGAAAAGCUACCAUCUUGGAUUAAUUCAAUCGACCUUAUCAAUGGAGCGAUUCUUAUUAGUGGUAUCCCAGAAAAGAAAGAUAUUGGAAGUAUAAUUGUUAAAAUCAUAGAUGAAUCAAAAUUCAUUGUAAGAAGUUUCCAAAUUUAGGUACUUUAAAAAUAAACUGAAAAUUUAACUCUUAGCAAACCUAUUGUUUUAUCCUACAAUCGAAAUAAAUAAACAAGCGAUUUACAGCCUUAAAAUAUUCUAUCAGCAUUAAACUCUCAAUAAAAUUAGUAAACUAAUACUUCUAAAAUACGUUAAAAGAAAGUUUCUGCGUUUGCUCCUAAUAAUCAGUCUUUAGAAAAUCUAUCUAAUCAAAAUUUCCCUUUAACUGAUAGACUAAGUUGCACAAAUGCCAAUAAUUAAGAUAUAAGCAUCCCACUUUUUAGCCCUAAUAAUCAAAGAUUGUUUGAAAUGAAUGAUCAAACAUUUGAUCUAUAAGAAAUGAAGUAAAUUGAAAUUUCAAUGUCAGGCUUUCCACAAGAAAAUGAAAAAGAGUAAGAAAUUAAAGUAAAAGACAUGAAAUAAAUUUAAAUUCAGAUUUUAAAUAAUAACGCUGAAAUAGCUGCUACACCAAAAAAUUAAACCCCUUAGUCCAAUAACCAUAAGAACAACCAAUUAAUUGAUAAUCCAAAUACAUUAUCUAACAAUCAGCAAGAAACAACUUAGAAUAUUGAAAAAUAAGAAAAAGUAGAGAUUUUGUCAGACCAAUUUAUACCUCCAAAUAAAAUAGUUUAUAAAUAACAUGAAAAACCAAAUUAAAUUGAUAUUUCACCUGAAAACUUCACUUAAAAUGAAGAUGAUAAUCAAAAGUUUCAGAGUUAAAAUCGCAAUAAUGCUAAACCAAAUUUAGAAAAAUAAAACACUGGAUAAGUUUCCCAAAAUGUUUCUCUCAAUAACUCAUUAAUGAGUAUGUUUUAGUACUAGUGA